AUGAGACUUCAGGAGCUAGCGGAGGAAUUGGGUUCCUUUCAGGCGCGUGUUGAUCGCAGUUUGGUCGACAUGCAACAGCAAUAUGUGGAUCAUCAGACACAGUUUGUCACUGUCACCAAUCAGCUUCAACAAAUCCAUGCUGCGAUGGUAGGAAUCGAGAAUCGUCUCGGUGAUAUAGGGGGUACAAGACUCAAUCCAGUUGGCAGAAACAUUGAAUCUCCAGGGCAGAAUCAAUUUCGAUUCGACCCUAAUGAUUCGCGUAAUGUCAUGCGAUCUGUUAAAAUGGAAUUGCCUUCAUUUGAUGGAAGGGAUCCAAUUCCAGAGCCUCUUAAAGUUCGAUUGGCAGGUAUGAAGAUGGAAGGAAUGGCGGCACCAUGGUUUCAAUGGUUGUUUAGUGGGAACACAAUCCAAACAUGGGAGCAUUUCAAGGUUGCAGUUAAGCAACGUUUUGGUGGGACCAGAUACACUGAUCUCAGAGGUGUGUUAUCGAAAUUAACUCAAGAGGGAGCUCUUGAUGAUUACAUCAGACGUUUUGAAGCAUUGAUUAAUCAGGUAACUGAAUUCUCUGAUGAAGUUUUGAUGAGCUUCUUUGUGUCUGGAUUACAUGAUGAUUUGCGGAGAGCCAUCCAAUUACAUACACCCACUUCAUUGCAUCAAGCAAUGCAAUUAGCCUUGACAUAUGAAGCCCACUACAUAGAACUUCGUGUGUCUCUGUCUUCUGUUAACAAGAAAUUUUUUUCUAAACCACUUUCUGUUGAACCACUUAAUUCCAAUACUCCAUGGGUUUCCUACAACAAAUCCAGUUUACCAGCUCUAACAUCUAAUUUGCCACCCCAUAAACCGAGUGUUUUGGCCUUACCUCCUCCAGCAUCUAGUAGGAGAGUGACUAAUGACUAUCUGCAAAAGAGAAGGGAUUUGGGGUUGUGUUAUACGUGCGAUGAGAAGUGGAAUUCCAAGCAUGAAGAGGUGGAGGAAACUGAGGAAAACAUAGUUUGGCAACCAGAGCAGCUUCAACAGGAGUCUAGGGAGUCAGAAUUACAUCACAUGGAUGCAGCACUUCAUUCCAUGUCCAGUGACCAGAAUCCAAGAGCAUUACAGUUUCGAAUUCGGUUGAAUGGACGAUUAGUUCCUAUUCUCAUUGAUUCUGGUAGCUUGCAUAACUUUGUGCAGAAAGACUUGGCUAUUAGUUUGGGUUUGCCUAUGGUUAAAAUACCUAAAAUGCGAGUGUUUUUGGGGAAUGGAGACUUUUUAGUUUGUGACAGAAAAUGCCCAGCUGUUGUGUUGAACAUUCAAGGGCAUGAAUUUGUUGUCGAUUUAUGGAUCAUUGAUUUGACUGGGUUGGGAAUUAUUUUGGGCAUCAUAUGGUUGAGUUCUUUGGGAAGAGUUAUUCAUGAUUAUAGUGAUUUGUCUAUGGAAUUCAAUUGGAAUAGUCAGAGGAUCCUAUUGAAGGGGCAAGGAGGAAAAGGGGAGGAUUCAAUUGCUGAAUGUUUUGUGUUGUCUACAUUGGUACCUGCAACUAACACUGUAGUGGGUGCUAAUCCAACCAAUGCCAUAGCAGAACUGUUAGCUGUGAAAGAUACAGUUCCUUCAGCUGUGUGGGACAUAUUGAUCCACUAUCAAGAGGUUUUCACAAUACCUCAGGGUCUACCUCCCUCUAGAGAAUAUGAUCAUGCUAUCCAUUUGACAGAAGGGUCAACACCAGUUAAUGUAAGACCGUAUAGGUAUGCCCAUCACCAAAAAUCUGAAAUUGAGAAACAGGUGGCAGAUCUGUUGGUUUCUGGAUUCAUUAAGGUCAGUAAAAGUCCUUACUCCUCGCCAGUUUUACUUGUAAAGAAGCAUGACAAUUCAUGGAGAAUGUGCAUUGAUUAUAGAGCUCUAAACAAAAUAACAGUAAGGGAUCAUUUUCCAAUUCCUACUAUUGAUGAGCUCCUUGAUGAAUUGAAGGGGGCUAGUGUGUUCUCCAAGUUGGAUUUAAGGAGUGGCUAUCAUCAAAUAAGGUUGCAGCCUCAAGACACUUCCAAGACAGCCUUUAGAACUCAUGAUGGCCAUUAUGAGUUUUUGGUGAUGCCAUUUGGCUUAACCAAUGCUCCUUCUACAUUCCAAUCGGCAAUGAACCAGAUGUUUAGACCUUAUUUGAGACGAUUUAUCAUAGUAUUUUUUGAUGACAUACUUAUCUAUAGUGUCUCUUUUGAGGAACACUUGCUUCACUUGCAGAUAGCUUUGGAGUGUUUGCAGCAGAACCAGUUUAAGGUUAAACUUAAUAAAUGUGGAUUUGCUUUGCUAGAAAUUGAUUAUUUGGGGCACCUUGUUUCAGGAGAUGGAGUCAAGGCAGAUCCUAAGAAGAUUAGUGCUAUGAUGGAUUGGCCCAAACCAAAGAAUGUGAAACAGUUAAGAGGAUUCAUUGGACUUACGGGCUACUAUCGAAGAUUUAUCUGUCACUAUGCCACAUUGGCAGCCCCUUUAACGGAAUUGCUGAAAAGUGAGUCCUUCAAGUGGACUGAGGAGGCAGAUAAAGCUUUUCAAUUACUCAAAGAAACCAUGACUUCAACCCCUGUCCUUAUCCUACCUGAUUUUUCUCUUCCUUUUAUGGUGGAGACUGAUGCCUCUUCAAUUGGCAUUGGAGCUGUUUUAUUACAAAACAAUAGGCCCAUAUCUUUUUUUAGCAAGAAAUUGGGACCUCGGAUGCAGUUGGCUUCAACAUAUGUCAGGGAACUCUUUGCUGUAACUGAAGCAGUGAAAAAGUGGAGGCAUUACUUGCUUGGUUCCAAGUUUGUUAUCAAGACUGACCAUAGGAGCUUGAAGGAAUUACUUUCCCAAACAGUUCAGACUUUGGAACAACAAAGGUAUGCUUGUAAAUUGAUGGGAUAUGAUUUUGUCAUUGAAUAA